AUGUCUCGCGGAAACCAGCGCGAGAAGGCCCGCGAGGCCACUCAGAAGAAGCUGGCUGCCCAGAAAAAGGCCCACGGCAUGAGCGGCAGCGAGCUGGCCAAGGCGAAGGAGAUUGCCGCGCAGAAGAUGCGCGAGAAGCAGGCAGCCGGUAUGCGCCAACCCGUCUUUCCGACCGAUGCGCACUGCAACCCUUGA